AUGAAUACGUUGCCUGGUGAGAGCCAUGUUCAUGUGAUGGAAUCGUACUACAACUUCGUCAAAAGCAAGGUUAGGAUUGGGGUUGAGGGGUACAACAUGUCUUCGCUUCAGCCCCUUGACCUAGUCAGAUCAUUGGCAAAGCUUUUUGCUUCAUGUGGAGAUGUCUUCCACGUGGAGGUUCCGAGAGACUUGCAAACCAAUGCAAUUAACGGCACAUGUACUAUCGUUGUUCUCCGCGGAGAAGGUGCACAAGAGAAGGCAUUGGCACUCAAUGGAACUGACAUGGGAGGAUGGAUCCUAUCUCUUACAGUUUUACCUCCAGCACUCAGCAAGCUUAGUUCUGGUUUGAGUACUGCUGAAUUGGCUGCUCAGCAUGUUUCACAUUUCCAGAGGAACCGUAGCGAAGGUAUUUCUGUUACAGGAUAUGACCCUUCGCUUCCUGGAGAUGCUGUUAAGGUUGAUUUGACUAACCGCUUCUCUUCAUGUGGAAAGAUCACUGAUGUUUUUGUUCUUAACAGCCGUGCUUUGAUCUAUUUUUUCGGAAUAGGAGCAGUAGAUAAUGCGUUGAGACUUUGUCGGGAACCUGACUCGGUACUCCGUGCUAAACCCUUGCCAACACCUAAAAGGAAAAUUAACCGUGACCACCCCAGUUGUGGUCCUUUUAUCUAA